AUGCCGACGCACAACCGCUUUCAACGUGUCCUCGAUGUCAACGGACCUUCCGGGCUCGAAUCGGACUUGCUGGACAUCUGCGGAUCAACUGCGCCUCUCGAACUGCACCAACCAUCGCCUGCCCGCCGUCCUCUUCCUUGUCCUAUCCGCUGCCACCUAACUCCGACAUUUCUUCUGAGCCGCCACCUCCAUCCUCCUCCUCCUCCUACUCAUCCUCCACCUCCUCCUCCACUGCCCGGACGGCCGCUCAGGCGGGCGUCUCACACAUCACCAACACUGACACAACAACCGACACCACCCCCACUUCCUCCGACUCCAGCGAUGAGGUUCAGGACUACACCUGCCCUCACUGCGACCGCACCUUCACCUCACACAUCGGCCUGGUCGGUCACUUGCGAAUCCAUCGCACAGAGACUGGAGAAUCAGUGCCUGGACUAA